UUCAUUCUUUCCCAUGCAAGUGUCCUCAGAUCUGCUCAUUUUCAGUACAAACAGCCUAUAUUUGGGUGUGUGUACGUCUGUAUGAGCUGUCGUCAUUGCCCUCUGCUUCAGGGUCCCAGCCCUUCCGGUCAUUGAGGGCACUGCUAUGGGUGUAUUUGUGUGUUGUCACUUCCCGCAUGGGUGUGACUUCGGUCCUAGCGUGGGAUGUGGUUCCCUAAGUGUCGCCCCCACAUCCUCCCACACACACGGGUGAGGAGGGAGCGUUGCUGCAACAGAACAUGUGGAUGUUCCAGGACGCGGUGGUCUUUGACGAUGUAGCUGUGAACUUCACCCCGGAAGAGUGGGCUUUGCUGGAUCAUGGUCAGAGGCAGCUCUACAGAGAUGUGAUGCUGGAGACCUGCAGGAACCUGGCCUCCCUGGACUGUUGCACUCAAGUUAACCCUUUUGGAUCAGGGACUCAGCUGAAUAUUUUGGAGAAUGAACUAUCCAGUGAAGAUAAAAUAGUAACAUUUACAAGAAAUGAUUCCUGGGCUGUUUUUGGAGAAAACUGGGUAUUUCAUCACAUUGGAGAUCAGUCCCAAUCCCAGGAGAGGUGUUUGAGAAGUCAUCUGCCGGAGCGGGUCUGUGAAAGCAUUAAAGAUGAUCGACGUGGAGAAACCAGAAGGCAGAUGACAAGUCUUCCCGUGCGUGAGGAUCGUCCUACUGGAGACAGGUCCUGUCGCUGCGCCAAGUGUAGAGAAGCCUUCACAGAUGGUUCUUUCCCUGAGAAUCCACUAAGAUCCCACCCUGGACACAAACCUAGUCCCCGUGAGGAAUGUGGGCCGGCCUGCAGCUGUGUCUCUUGCCCCAGCCCUCACGUGGACACAGGCCUUGUAGAGAAACCUUAUGAACCUCCGGACACUGGGGGAGCAUCGAAGAGAGACUUGAAGAGUCGCGGUAGUAAACAAUCUUUAGAGUGCAAGAAAUGUGGAAAAACUUUCACUUGCAGGUCGUCCUUUCGGGGUCACGUGAAGGGUCACUGUGGACAGAGAGUUCAUGCGUGUGACGUGUGCGGGAAAGCCUUCAUGUAUCAGUCCUACCUUACACGUCACGUGAGAACUCACACUGGGGAGAGACCCUAUGAAUGUGUGGAGUGUGGGAAAGCCUACAGUUGCCUCUCAUAUUUUCGAGAACAUGUGAGAACGCACAGUGGAGAGAAACCCUAUGAAUGUAAGCAGUGUGGGAAGACGUUCAAGUAUCCCGCGUCCUUGCAAGGACACAUGAUGACACACACUGGAGAGAGACCGUAUCUCUGUCAGCAAUGUGGGAAAGCCUUCAGUUGUCCCAAAUACUUCAGGAGACACGUGAGAACGCACAGUGGACUGAAACCCUAUGAAUGUACGUUAUGUGGGAAAGCCUACAGUUGUUCUUUAUCCCUUCGAGAACAUGUCAGAACUCACAGUGAAGAGAGACCCUACGAAUGUCAGCAGUGUGGGAAGGCCUUCAGACAUCCUCGGUAUUUCCAAAGACACGUGAGGAUGCACAGUGGCGUGAAACCCUAUGAGUGUAAGGAGUGUGGGAAAGCGUACAGUAGCUCCACAUCGCUGCAGGAACACGUGAGGACACACACCGGGGAGAGGCCCUUCGAGUGUCCACAGUGCGGGAAGGCCUUCACUCGUCACUCCUCCCUUCAAGGACACGUGAGGGCACACAGUUUGGAGAAACGUUACGAGUGUGCCCAAUGCGGGAAGGCCUUCCGUUGGUCCUCGUCCUUACAGAAACACGUGAGGACACAUAGUGAAGAGAAACCCUAUGAAUGUCAGCAGUGUGGCAAAGCCUUCUGGUACCCGGCCAACCUGAGAGCCCACCUGAAGACACACACUGAGGAGAGACCCUACGAGUGUCCACACUGUGGGAAGGCCUUCAGCUGUCACUCCUCUCUUCAGGUACACGUGCGAAAGCACAGCGGGGUGAAACCCUAUGAAUGUAAGGAGUGCGGGAAGGCCUUCUGGUAUCCCGUGAACCUGCGGGCACACGUGAGGACGCACACUGGAGAGAGACCCUAUGAAUGUAAGGAGUGUGGGAAGGCCUACAGGUGCCCCGCAAACCUGCGGGUCCACGUGAGGACGCACACUGGGGAGCGACCGUAUGAAUGUCAGCAGUGCGGGAAGGCCUUCAGGUACCCGGCCAACCUGCGAGCCCACGUGAGGACGCACACUGGGGAGCGACCCUACGAGUGUCAGCAGUGUGGGAAGGCCUUCAGGUACCCGACCAACCUGCGAGCCCACGUGAGGACGCACACUGGGGAGAAACUCUGAAUGGAAGGACUGUGGGAAAGCCUUCAUUUGUCCUUAAGACCUUGUAUAUCCAAUCAGACACACUGGAGGAAGCCUUAUGAAUGUAAAGACUGGUGGGAAAACUUUAGGUAUAGUUCCUCGUAUAUUUUGUACAUAAAAACUCAGGGCUGGACAGCGGUCUCUAUUUGUUAUAAACCUGGUUGUGCCUUGUAAGUGCCUCGUCCCUAACAGGGAUCCCCGUCAUAUUUAUUUCCACUGCAUGUUGCCAAGAGGAACCCCUGAGAUAAAAUAUCCCUCUCUGUGCCCUUUGUAUGAGAUCUAUUUUGUUACUUCACACAUGAAAAUUGUAGAGUUCUAUAAAAUUUCUCAUUUCCGUGACAAUGUCUUUGGGCCCCAGGGGUGACAAGUGAUGUGUAUUUAUUUCUCACCCUCUCUUGUGGAUACUGGAAAUUCCGGCUCUGUAUCUACCCUUUCUUUCAGUCUUCAUGAUUGAAUGACGUAUCUUCACAUUUGCUUAUUGCCGCUGUACACUACACCUCUGCGCCCCACAGAAAUUAGUAAAUGUGCAGGGAUGUUGAGAGAGGACAGUCUCCUCCAGUUAUGUUCCUAUUUCGGCCUCUGCUGAUCGCCCUUCAUCUUGGUUGUUCAUUAGUCAUGAUGCAUUAAGAAAAGAAACCCUGUGGCGUGAAGAUGAAAGCUGGCUUCUGGUUGGUUCUACUGAGUUCCGUUGUGAGCGUGGUGAGGUGGGAGACCAUGAGUUUCCCAGAGUCCUUCUCUCUGUGGUUCUGAGGUGAAGGCCGUGAGGAAAGAAACUGUGUGACGAAGCCAUGCUUUUCCGGCAGGAAACAGAGAUGCGUGGGGACCCACAUGGGCUUGGGUCACAGCGCAUCUUCUCGAUUACUGAUUUGUCGUCUGGAACAGCCUCCAACCUGACACAGGUUUGACAUCAGUUUUUGUUCGGUAGCACACUCCAGAGACUCCUCCAUGAACUCUCCUCUGAUGGACCAGCUCGGUUUUCAGGUCCAGAUGGUUCCUUGCGCUGCCCUGUGGCUCCUUGUGUCCGUGAGGCCACCUCUUCAGGCCAUCGUGUGUAGGGGUCUCUCUCAUCCUGGCACCGUUCAUCUCCCGUGCUGUUUCUACCACAUGAUUUCUGUGGUAAGCAUCCUGUCCCUCUCAGGGUAGAUCUGUGUCCUGCCUCCCCCUGACAGAAUUAAUGCUGCAGCCUCAGAUGCGGGGAACCUCCUUCCCUUGUUGCACUGUAGAGAGGCUCCAGUAACCCUGUAUUUCUUCCUUCUGGAUGUUUCUAUAAUUGGAAUAAGCACUUGUGAGUGUAUGGCAGUUUGUGGCUCUCUGUGGCUUCCCCCCUCUCUCUGCCUGCCUCUCUGCCUACUUGUGAUCUCUGUCAAAUAAAUAAAAAUUUAAAAAAAAAUCCCGUUCGUCAGGAUUAACUUUUUCUUCUGAUUGUGUCCAUUUAACAAAAAACGAAAACCUAUUCUGGGUUAACAGGACAAGUACAGUUGACAUUUCCCUUCUGGUGUGUGUUUCUUCAAUACCCAGGCAGCAGCUAUCACUGUCUCAUUAAAAUGACUUACUCCUGAGGCGCCUGGGUGGCUCAGUGGGUUAAGCCUCUGCCUUCAGCUCAAGUCAUGGUUGCAGGGUCCUGGGAUCG